CAAUUCUCUGCGACCGUGCGUUCCGCUCUUUCUACCCCAACCGCGACAGCAUCGAGGGAUCGCAUCUUGCCAAUUCAUGUUUUGACGGGCGAUCCACACUGCGGAUACUCGAGGAGGACGAGUCGCCGCUGAGAUAGGAUAGGAUAGGAGAGGUCACCCAGGUUGUGCUGUCGCCCGAACCUGGUGGUAAUCCAAGAUGGAGUCGCCGGCCGAUUACUUGGAUUCUCCUAUGGAUGCUGAUGAUAUCCCAUACCCGUGCAAAGGAUGUGGAGAGAUUCUCGAGGAAGGGAAGGCCUUCGAGCUUGCUGGGAACCGAUGGCAUCUGAAUUGUUUUCGAUGCAACACCUGCGGGACACUACUCGACUCGGAUGCGAACCUGCUCCUUCUCGGCGAUGGCUCCCUCAUCUGCAACAAUUGUACAUACAGCUGCAGCGCCUGCGGCAACAAGAUCGAAGACCUGGCUAUCCUCACGGGCGACCAAGCCUUCUGCGCGAGUUGCUUUCGGUGUCGGAACUGCAAGCGGAAGAUCGAGAACCUCAGAUACGCGAGAACUUCACAAGGCAUAUUUUGCAUGAGUUGUCAUGAAUCUCUAAUGGCUAGACGGAGGAAGAAGUCAAGAGCAGCGGCGAAUGCGAAAAAGAAAGAAGACCAGUCACCACUGUUGGUCGAAAAAUCCCUCCCAGCGCUGCCACCCAACGCCCUUCCACAGAGCGCCUUCUCCGAUCAUGAAACUCCUCCCGCGAUAGAAACCGAUACUCCAACAGAGCUCUCUCCACCACCCCGCCGAACAUACCAUAAUGAUUCAUCUUCGAGAAGCAGUUCACGGCAGACCCGCGAGCAGUCUCCAGCAGGACAAAUCUCGAAUGAUAUUCCUAAUCUGACCCUACCGACGACUACUUACCGGAGCAAUAGACAUUCGGUCAUCUCUGAUCUCAACAACGGCGAUGGCGAAAGUUUCUUCAUACCUCUUGCGUUAGAUCCCAGCUCUGCUCCCCCGAUGGGCUCUCGAACGACAUCUGAGACACGGAUGGACCCAACGAAGAAAAGCAGAGAGAAUAGGGCUCCAGAGAGGGAUCGUUUCAGCACCAAACCAGAUGCUAGAUCACGGGAAACAAGCUCAUCAGCGUCCCCCGCCCCGCAUAUCGCGUUUCAGGAGAAGGGCAGGCAACCUUCGGCCGAGGAGACCGCCCAGAUCAAGGAUAAUAUACGCAAGGCAAUGCUAGGGAGCACACCACCCUCUACGAAGGAGUCCCCUUCUGCUGAUGAUACUAAGGCUCAGCAUGCCCAUUCUCCCUCGGUGAAUGGGAAGGAAAAGAACCAAACAUCGAGCGAGAAAUUCCGGCUGGGAGAUGUGCCAAAGGGUAAGAGAAAUGGACCCUUGAGGAACGAUUCCCAGUCCGAGGCACCUCUGAGCGAGAACUUAUCCAAGUCUGCUUCUGGUAGUCUACCAACCGCCUCACACCGCAAAGAUGCAUCGGCUAGUAUUCCGAGAAGUAGUUCACCGAAACCAUCGGCGGGUUCAGAAAGAGCUGGCACUCCCCAAUCUUCACAGGAUUCAAGGUCAAGAGAAGAUGAACCUCGAAAGUCCGAAGAGUCGAACCGAUCCAUACCAGUUUCAAGGGUAGAUUCCGGAGGGACGUCAAAGUCUAUACCUCGAAAGGAGAUCGGUACUGGCGUAGCGAAGAAUAACGUCAGUUCAGUGAGCUCGUCUUCCAGCGCGGAUACAUGCCCAUCAUCUGCCUCGUCCACAGAAUCGCCAGGGAUUACCCCAACUCUCCAUGGUAAGACCAUCUCCGCGCCUCUAAAUACAUUACCCCUGGGCGAGGAGCUAGCACAUCCUAGCCGUACCACAUCGACACGUCCAUCUGGCCCUCAACAGCAAAUCAGUGAUUCCUAUAUGGCCCCGAGAGCAGCACCACCAGCUCCCCUGGCAUCUCCUCAAGCUGUUAAGGAGCUGCAGAGUUCGUCAAACGGGCUACCUGGUUCCCCUAACCUACCAAGGUGGAGCUCCGGUGGGGAUUUCACUAUGGAUGAGGAUAUGGCGCGGAUCCUGGGAGGCACUGAUGAGAGCUCACAAUCAAUACUCCGACGUGUUUCAAACGCUGUGCGUCAUGGUAGGAGCGGAAGUGAAGCAAGCAUUUCAGCUCGGCAUCCGGGUCACAAUCGCAGUGUUAGCGAGACGACAACACGCACAGCACAGUCACCCCGCUGGCCCAAAUCACCACCACUUGCUGAAGAUGCAAACAUUUUGGCACGCGAGAUCAGCAGCCCCAUAUCAAUCCAUUCUCCCGUGGGCGAUGACCCUGCCCUAUUACGAAGACAACUGCGCAACUCUGAACAGCGAGUGGCCGAGCUCGAACGGCAGUUCACGAAUGAAAAGGACCUUAAGAAUUUGAAUAGGAAACUCAUUGAAAAGAGAAAAACCGUUUCCGUCCUGGAUUCACAGACCGAAAUCAUGAUUCGACAACUUGAGGUUCUAGCUGGAUACGUGGAGAGGGCCAAGGAUUCGAAACAACCUAUCAACAUUGCCGAAUUGGAAGAUUCGGCGAUUAAGGAGUUCGUGCAGAAACUUGAGAAACUAAAGCAAACCAUGUCAGGCGCUGUUGAGUCAUUAUACGAAGAACGAAACGAGCUCCUGGAAGAGAAGAACCAGAUUAUGGCAGAUCGAGAUCGGGCUUUGAUCGAGUUUGAGCAGCUGUCUUCCAAGAACGCACAACUUGCCGAUCUGAACAAUGAUUUAACUCACCAGAUUCAAGAGCGCUUCAAGUCUCAGAGUGGGCACAUCUUAGACAGCCCGAGAGCUCCUAUGAAUGUUCUGGGGAUUUACACUUCCCACAGCAAAGAGAAGUCUAACGUGUCCCUGCAUCUAGACGAUCCAAGCCUUCGACCAUCAACCAGCACAACCUUGCUAGGCUCCGCCAGCCAGCAGUCCAUAGACCAAGAUCCAAACGGGGAAUCAGCAACAGUCUUGUCUGCACCACAGGUGAUAAACAUCCGCAAAGGCCAGGUGAAAAAGUUCAACUGGAAGAAAGGCGGUCAGACAGUGGCCAAGGGUGUUUCCAAAGGCUUCAAAGGUGCCUUCUCAUCAACUGAUAGAGAGCGGAAUCCGCAGUGGGCUGGCCAAACCGGCGAUAGCAUUGGAAUGCCGUACAAUAUGACUGUGACGGCAGUCGAGGCACCAGCACAACCAAAUGGCCAGAACCGCCCUCCUCCGAAUGAUCCAUCAAGGCAAGGAUUCGCCUUGUUCAAGAAGUCCAACGCCAUGCAAAAAUCGAUGGCGAACGGAGUCGCUGCGGUCGCUGAAGCUCCGUCGACCCUGUUUGGGUCGGAUUUGGUAGAGCGGGCAGAUUACGAGCGUCGUCAGAUUCCAAGUGUGGUCACGCGUUGUAUUGAGGAAGUCGAGUUACGAGGAAUGGAUAUCGAGGGCAUCUAUCGGAAAACCGGUGGGAGUGGUCAAGUCAAGAUCAUUCAAGAAGGGUUCGAGAGGACUGAUGAUUACGAUAUUUCUGAUCCGGAUCUGGAUAUCACGGCUGUGACGAGUGUCCUUAAGCAGUAUUUCAGGAAGCUGCCCAUACCGCUUAUAACCUUUGAGGUCUACGACCGCGUUCUGGAAUCAAUUUCUAUCACGGAUGAAAAAGAACGUUGUGCUCAUCUUCGGAAGACUUUCAAUAUGCUGCCUCCCAAGCAUCGGGAUUGCCUCGAGUUCCUGAUCUUCCAUCUUGCUCGUGUUGCGGUGAGGGAGAGGGAGAAUCUAAUGUCACCCAAAAAUCUUGCCGUCGUCUUCGCACCUACGAUAAUGCGAGACCACAGCUUGGAACGCGAAAUGACCGACAUGCACUCGAAAAACAACGCAGUUCAAUUCGUCAUCGAAAAUAGUAACGAGAUAUUCGGCAGCGCAUAAACAUAUUUACACCACCUUGCUUACGGCACAUAUAAUUUGCACCCGGUACCUCUCCGAAUUGUACAUUUUUUUCAUCAUCCUGGCCGGUAAUUGGCUGGCGUUACGUUUGUUUACGUUUGGAUUCAGCGACUUGAUUGAUGGAGGGCCGGAUGGUUAUCCCUCAUCUAUGGCGUUUUUACUACCUCUUUUUGUGUUU